GCAGUCAAUGGCAAUGGAGUCAUCCGUCAUCUUUCUUUUGAUUUCGAUGUUCCUGAUAAGUGUUGCAGCACAAAAACCAUGUGCAGAGAGAUUAUUUGAUGUAAUUGAUUCAGAUAACAGUGAAGAUGUCAACAUAACCGAAUUUGAACUGUGCUUUUCUGAAACAGAAAAGAAAAUCAUCACCAAGAAAGAAUUUUUGAAGGCAAUCGCAGAUCAUAAGUUUGAUACCUGUGGAGUCGAUCCAUCUUUCGUGUUUAAGACCCUCUCAAAACAGAAAACCAAAAUGGACUUGGAAGAAGUAUUUCUUCUAGAUUACGACAUAAAUGAAGAUAAGAAGAUAAGUCUGUCGGAAUUCACGUCGGAACAUUAUAAAAUAUAUUUCAAAUGGAUGAGCAAAAACGUGUUAUCACUUGUGGGAUUUUAAAUGAUAAAUGACAAGGAC